CAUGCGCACGAAGCGAAGCUUCUUCCAAAAACGCUGCUCUGAUUAUGUCAGCAAGUUCUUAUCUCUGAAGCGGUAGCGUGGUGUAAUUGUGGUAGACAUUGUCAUCUCGGUCUCAGAUAGCAGCCGGUCAGUUGGUGUUUGACAAUGGGUUGGCAGAGACCUGCAGAGCCGACGAUUCCUACCGUUUGGUACACUUUCCAGGCGCCGGAUCCGGACAAUGGCGACCAGUUGGUCACGUACCGGGUGGAAGAUCUGACCGAGGAUCGCUACGAUGACAUGAUCCAGCACUACACGGACAACUUCGUGGACGAUGAACCAUUCUGUGAGAACAAGCAGAUCUCCAAGGACGAACUGUCCCUGGCGGAGAUCGUGGGGUUUUGGCGGUGGUGCUUCGAGAAACGGAUGACGGUAGUUUGCUACAAGGAAGGUUCUUCAUAUGAGAUUCUUCGAGGGAUUUAUUUGGGAAUUCCUUCCGGGAUUCACUGA